GUUCAUCUGGGUUUUAAAUCCCUCUAAACAAUUAUGCUCGUCUCGCCGGUGUCGCUUUCUCUCAGGUGUCCGCUUCCCAGUCGCUGAAUGGCGCUGGUUACCGUGCAGCGUUCACCGACCCCCAGCACCAGCUCCAGCCCCUGCGUUUCGGAGUCCGGUAGUGGGGAGGAUGACCGCCGCUCUCAGCCAAGGAGCAUCAGUGAAAGUUUCCUGACAGUUAAAGGAGCUGCUCUCUUCUUACCUCGAGGAAAUGGCUCCUCCCCUUCUUCUGCCUCUCGCUUUUCACAGCUGCGCAGCAAACAUGCAGGAGACAUCCAGCAGCACCUACAAACCAUGUUCACUCUCCUCAGACCAGAGGACAACAUCAAACUGGCGGUUCGCUUGGAGAGCGCACACACUCACAUCACCCGCUACAUGGUGGUGGUCUCCACCAAUGGUCGUCAGGACACGGAGGAGAGCGUGGUGCUGGGAAUGGAUUUCAGUCCUGUAGAUAGCUCAUGUUCUGUAGGUUUGGUUUUGCCCUUGUGGAGUGACACGUUGAUACACCUCGACGGAGAUGGGGGUUUCAGUGUGUCAACUGAUAACAGAGUGCAUGUUUUCAAGCCUGUUUCUGUGCAGGCCAUGUGGUCGGCCCUCCAGUCACUCCAUAAAGCAUGCGAGGUGGCCCGCUGUCACAACUACUUCCCGGGCAGCUUGUUCCUUACCUGGGUUAGCUACUAUCAAAGCAGGGUCUCCUCCGACCAGGCGCGCAUCAAUGAGUGGAACGCCAUGCAGGAUGUGCAGUCACACCGUGCCGAUUCGCCCGUCCUCUUUUCUGAUAUACCUACAGAAAGAGAGCUGACAGAGCGUCAGAUCAAAACCAGUUUGAGGGAGAUAAUGAUGCAGAAAGAUCUUGAGAAUGUCACCUGCAAAGAGAUACGAACAGAGCUGGAAAUGCAUAUGACAUGCAACCUGCGAGAGUUCAAGGAGUUCAUCGACCAUGAGAUGAUUGUUAUUCUGGGCCAGAUGGACAGUCCCACGGAGAUCUUUGAUCACGUCUUUUUGGGAUCUGAGUGGAAUGCAUCCAAUUUGGACGAGUUGCAGAAGAGCGGGGUUCAGUACAUCCUGAAUGUAACGAGAGAGAUCGAUAACUUCUUCCCUGGUGUGUUUGAGUACCACAACAUCCGUGUUUACGACGAGGAGGCCACUGACCUGCUCGCCUAUUGGAAUGACACCUACAAGUUUAUAUCUAGAGCCAAGAAAGCUGGGUCCAAGUGUUUGGUGCACUGUAAAAUGGGUAUAAGCCGCUCUGCAGCCACAGUGAUUGCGUACGCCAUGAAGGAGUACGGCUGGGAUUUGAAGAAAGCGCAUGAUUACGUCAAGGAGCGUCGAGCUGUGACCAAACCCAACCCCUCAUUUAUGAGACAGCUGGAGGAGUACCAGGGCAUACUGCUGGCCAGCAAGCAGAGACACAACAAACUGUGGCGUUCUCACUCUGACAGCGACCUGUCCGAGCACCAUGAGCCACUGUCUAAAUCCUACGCCCAGCCUCACAGCCUGGGCCGCUCCGACCCCCAUAACCAGGCCGGCGGCACGCCUGGUCCCUCUGUGAAAGAACUGCUGGAAUCACUGGGAACCUCCAGCAGCGCUGGCAAAGCAACACACUCCACUAGCCAGCCUGAUACUGGCAUCCAGUCCAAUCAGCUCAGCUCUUCAUCCUUUGAGGGGGUGGCAGCUCUCUCCAAAGUUGCUAUCGCUCGAAGCCUGGAGGCUCCUCCUCAUUCUGCUGUAGCCCAGAGCAGCCAGCUGUUCGCUCCUUGUCCUGAAUCCUCCAUGUCCAUGUCUCCCUUAUCUCCUCCGCUUUCAAACGGCUUGUGUGAUGCUGAAGAGCAGCCCUCAUCACUGCCUCUCUCCCAGCCGCGGGCAGCCACUGUGGUGCCUGAGCCUCAAAAGACAGACAUGGUGACUGUAGCACAGAGUGUUUUGGUGGGCCAGCCUCACCCACCUCCAUCCCUCCACCACCUCCCCCUCUCCCCCGCUCCGUCCCCAACUCCAGCCUGCGUGGAUGAGGUUAUCAAACCACAUGCGUUGUCCUGUCCUCUGUCCGUGGCAAAACCGAUGCUAGUGUCAGUGUCUGAGCAUGUGACAACACAAAUAGAAAGCACACACUCCGCUGGACCCCAGUGUCUGUCUGCACCAGUGCCUGUCAAAAAAUUAGACUGUGACCAACAGAUGUGUGGCUUGUCUUUGGAUGGUGUAGCAGCCCGUCCUCACUCCACUGGUGAUACUAUCAGCUAUCACGGUGCCAUUCCACAAGACAAUGAUGUGUUGUUCAGCAACAGCGCAGAUCACAUUAACUUCUUCAGUGCCAGGGAAAAGUUCAAGGGAAUGAGUCAAGAUGGUAAAACUCACUGUGCCGUAGCGCAGCAGCCGCCCCAGCUGAAGAGUUGUGCCAAGGAACAGCCACCUCUGCUUCAGGAGGUCUCCACCAGUGACGGGAAGGAGGAGGAGAAAAGGAAGGAAAUGACUGUCCCUGUGCAGGACACAGGAGUGAAGCCCACAGUGAACACAGAGACUUCACCUCUUGGCCCUCUUAGCCAAUCAGAGCCUCAGGGCCCUCAGGACCCUCAGGACCAGGAAGUCGGGAAGUCCAGGCAGGAAAUGGAGGACAGAGAUGUUUCAUCACAGAAGGAAGCUGAGAAUGUAAAAGAAGAAGUGAAAAACAAAGAAGAAGAGGAGGCGGAUUCUGCUCGUCUCUACAGUGAUUGGACGAGGGGGUCCGUGCGGCGUGUCACACGACAGCUGGAACAAAGAAUGAAACAGGAGCAUGAGACUCCGUCAGCCUCCUCAUCUUCGCCGCCCCUCUCCAGUAGCACUUCCUGCUCCCAGCGGCGUUCGCCCAGCAUCCAUCCAGCGACAGUGUCUGUACAGGAAGAGGAUGAUGGGAAGUUUGAACCAGUACAAAGGGAGAGUGAUGACGCAGUUGAGAUGGGGGCACUAGGAAAUGAAGACGAAAGCACAAAAGGACACAAACUCCAGCCUGCUGACACUAGAUUGCUUUCUACCUCUUCUACUUUCCACCACUUUACCCAUUCUCACUUUGCUUCCGUGAACUUCCUGUGUCUGGAGGGUGUGACGGAGCUUGAGUCAGGCACAGACUGGGACUGCUCCACAGAGGGACCCCAUGGUGACAUUAUCAUGAGGGAGACAUGGGAGACUUUGUGCGAGCUGGGUGCCUUCCUGCAGCAGGUGAGCGCGGGCGGAGCCUGCAAGACCGGGUGCCUAGACCAGGUUUUCAGCCUCAGCGGUGGAACCACUCAGAAGCGAGGGAGCAGCAUCCAGAAGAGGGUCAGAGAGGUGGAAGCCAGGAUUCGCCAGGCAGGGCUGACACCUCCAUCGCUGAUGAAGCGGUCAGCCUCUCUGGCCAAACUGGGCUGUCUGGAGCUGCUCGCCAAUGACCUGAGUGAGUGGGAGCUCAGCCGCUCCUCUGUGUCUCUGCCCUCAGCACAACCUCCAGUCCACACACUUAAUGAUGAGUCCAAGAAGCAGCGGGUCCACGACUCUUCUUCCACAGCCGGCCAGCAGCCAGAAGUCGCCGGGAUUGGUGUGGAGAGGCUUUCUGAAGCUGGAGAAACGUCACCAGGAAUCUCUCCACCGUCAAGUCAGAGUCAGCAGAGAGGAAAAGUCACCAACUCCAGCCAAGAUUCUCUGCAUUCACCCGGGCUGACACUUAUGACAACAAGGCAGCAAUAUGGAAGGACUCACCCCCUGAGGCGGCUUAAGAAAAGAACUGUCAGUAACCUUUACCACACCAUGUAACCCUCACUCUGUGUGCGCGUGUGUGUGUGUGUAUGUGUGUGAGUGAGAGAGAGACAGACAGGGAUAAUGUGCACCUGUGAGAAAUGGAGAUUAAGUGCAUUUGGUGGAUUUAUUCAGCAAAACACACCAAUGCCUCUUGCCUUAAAGGUUAUGUUUAGUAGUUUCUGUAUGUUUUUUUUUUUUUUCCCUGCAGAUUCGCCAAGAGCCUGUGUGAAAUCUGUGAUACGAGAUGUUUGUCUCAGACCAAGAGCAGUGACGAGGCUAUGAAGGUUCUGUUUUAACUGAAAUAAAAAGUGAGGCAAAUUGGAAGAAGUCAUCCAAAUGUAUAUGGGUAACUUGUUUCAAAUGUUACUCUGCCUGAGCCUGCACGCACUCAGUCGUUACAUCAUUGCUGGUUUCUCCAUCAUCAACUUGAUAUUUACUUGAUUGCUGUUGGAUGACUGAAUAGUCUGACCUGAUGUUAGGUGGAAUGUAGCCUGUCUAUCUCCUCUUCUUGUGCUUUCAUAUCUCAUGUCUCAUAGAUGUGCUGGGUAGCUACCAAGAGAAUGAUACAGCUGUGCUUCUGGUACAAUCCGACGGUAAAUGAAUCUGCCCAAAUUCAAUUCAGCAUCAAGCUUCUCAAACGUUCAGAAAUGCACAUUUAAAGAUAAAACUUUGAUUCAUUUGACAGAAAUACUCCACUUAAACACCACUUACUCAAUUCUGCUGUUUUGAGGCUGAUUUUAUGCAUUGGCUGUGCAACGAAACACACAAAAGCUCAGGUCGAAGCACAGACACCACAGAUUAGUGUUUUACCCCCAAAGAAAGGUGCAUUCGGAGCUGGUGACAGGACCGUCAACUGAAAGUGGUUGCGUAGCUGUACAGCGGUUUAUUGAAACAAAUUGCAAAGAGAAGAGGCAUGCUGUUUUCUUUUAUGUUUGUUUUGACUACACAAUACCUCAGUACGUCUGAACCAAAUCUGACCUGCACAAACGUCAGGCUCUGGAUUCCUGGAAUGUCCGUCUCAAUCAGAAACAAUUUCAAUUCCACUACUUGAUAAACUGAAGUAAACUUGUCUCUCUCAUGUCCUCUCACAGUUCUCAUGCCACUCAGACUAGAUGUUUUUUUGUUUUUUUUUGUUGUGUGUAUUACUGUGUGGGAGGAAGGUUAGGUUAGGGGAUUGGGUCAUCUGCUAUGUUCUCUUUGGGGAUGUAAAGGUCUAUAUUGUGAGUGUUGACAAUUUAGGAACUGUACAUGUUUUUAUAUCUGCUUCGUGUCCAUGUGUGAGUGCGACUGUGUAGCACAAUUUCACCAUGUGGGUGUGUACAUUCUUCUUCUUCUUUUUUUUAUUGAACGUUAUCUCUUUUGUACACUUUUUAGGAGUGUGCCUGUGACUGGCAAAUGAAGCUUCUCUGCAGUCUAUCAGAAAUGUCUGUACAGAGGAGUCUGUCAUACAUGCACUUUACUCCCUUUUUAAUUUUAAAUGUGGCUUAAUUUUAAGUUUUUAAUGUGUGGUUGCUACUUUUGGGGAGCAUGCUUAGGUAGUAGAAGCUGUUGGGUAUGUGUGUGUGUAUUGUCAAAAACUGAUUUUUUUUUUUCUUUAUUUUAAACUAUCAGUGUAAAUAUUCUUUUAUAUCAUGUGCUUCAACUGUGACCAUUAAACAAUGGAAAUUA